CAUAUUCUUCUAAAUCAGUAAAUCUUCAAACCCAUUUUCUUCACUUAGGCAGGCAAAGCAACAAUGGCAGAUUGGGGGCCUGUUUUAAUAGCGGUGGUGCUGUUUGUGCUGUUGUGUCCUGGGCUUUUGUUUCAGAUUCCUGGGAGUAGCAAAAACAGAGUUAUUGAGUUUGGCAACAUGCAUACCAGUGGUGCAUCUAUUCUUGUUCACACAAUUAUCUACUUUGGCUUAAUUACUAUAUUCCUUAUAGUCAUUAAUGUUCACGUUUAUACUGACUAG